AUGGCAUACGACGCUGAAAAUAAUGUCGAACAUAAGGAUGCCACGCCUCGGUCAGGCUCCGCCGAUCACCACGAAAAGGAGGAAGCCCCGAUGGUAGAGGCUCUCGAUGACGAUCCCGUGUACUCCUACAAGGAGCAGCGCAAAAUUAUCGGCCGCGUAGACCGACGCCUCAUCACCGUCGCUGGUAUUAUCUACAUGAACUCGCUCAUGGACCGCUCCAAUCUGCCCAACGCUGGCAUCGCCGGCAUGAACGUCGACCUUGGUAUGGUCACCGGGUUCCGCUAUUCCGCCGUCGCCCUCGUCUUCUUCAUCACAUAUACGUUCCUCCAGCCCCCUGCCACCAUCCUCACCCGCAAGAUCGGUCCCCGACCCUUUCUGUCCGGCAUCUGCUUCGCCUGGGGUGUUGUCAUGGUCGGCUUCGGCUUUGUCCAAGAUUGGGUUGUCCUCAUCCCCCUGCGCCUGCUGCUUGGCCUCUUUGAAGCCGGCUACUUCCCGGGCAUCGUCUACCUCAUUUCGACAUGGUACUCGCGCUACGACAUGCACAAGCGCUACGCCGGUUUCUACUGUCUCGGUCUCGUGGCCUCGGGCUUGGGCGGCAUCCUGGCCUUUGGCGUGCAGCAGAUGGAUGGUCUCGGUGGCCUCGAGGGCUGGCGUUGGAUCUUUAUCAUCUUCGGCCUCAUGACCGUCGCCGCUUCGUUCCUGGGCAUGAUCUUUCUCGUCGACUUCCCCGACGUGGCCAUUGACAAGAACCAUUGGAAGUUCAUUUCGCGAGACGAGAUUGCGUUCAUCAUGCGAAGGAUCGCCAAGGACAGGAACGACGCCUCCUCGGAAAAGUUUAAUUUCCGCCGGUGGGCUGCCGCAGGCAAGGACUGGAAACUCUGGGUCUUUGCGAUGCAGUUUUUCUCUUUGACGACCCAGGCCUAUGCCCUCGCCUUCUUCCUUCCCAUUAUUCUCAACACGAAUAUGGGCUUCUCCGUCGCGCUAUCACAACUGCUCACCGCCCCGCCCUACGCAGGUGCCGGCAUCGUCAUGUUUCUCUGCGCCUGGGUCGGUGAUCGAUACCACAUGCGCGCGCCUCUGCUGCUCUUCACGGCUUCACUUGGUCUGAUUGGUCUUCCCCUGUUGGCCUACGCUGAAGCCGUGGGCGCCCGGUACUUUGGCUGCUUCCUCAUUUGCGCCGCCUCUAACGGCGGAAUACCCACCGUCAUGGCCUACCAGGCAAACAACAUUCGCGGCCAGUGGAAGCGCGCGUUUGCGUCCGCUACGCUCGUGGGCUUUGGCGGCCUGGGCGGCAUUGCAGGCAGUACCGUGUUUAGGUCCCAAGACGCGCCGCAGUAUAUCCCAGGUAUCUGGGUGUGCAUUGGCCUGAAUAUCUUGAUCGUGUGCACGACAGUUAUGAACACAAUCAUCUUCCGCAAGCAGAACGCCAAGGCGGAUCGGGGCGAGGUUGUCUUGGAGGGUGAAGCGAGCUUUAGGUACACCAUUUAA